AUGGUUCACAGCAGUGCUUCCAUCCAACUUGUUUCACUAAUUUUACUGUCAGGAAUUCUAUACCUUGAAACCAUUAAACUUGGUUUCUGCAGUGCCGCUGAUCAUCAUAACGUGAAAUGCAUGGAUAUAGAGAGGAAAGCCCUUCUCAAGCUCAAACAAGGCCUUACAGAUCCUUCGGACCGGCUUUCGUCUUGGGUGGGAGAAGAUUGCUGCAAAUGGAGUGGUGUAGGCUGCAACAACAUAACAGGACGUGUCAACAGGCUCGAUCUUCGCAAUCGCUAUAAAAUAGGUGGGUUGGAUGGUGAUGGAGCAGCAGAGAAUGUAUUUGGAUUUGGUGGUGAGAUCAACCCUUCUUUGCUUGUUUUGAAAGAUUUGGUUUACUUGGAUUUGAGCAUGAAUUACUUUGGAGGUGUCCAGCUUCCAAGUUUCAUUGGAUCACUAGAGAAACUUACAUAUCUCAAUCUCUCUAAUGCAUCUUUUGGUGGAACCAUUCCCCCCAAUCUUGGAAACCUCUCAAGUUUGCUUUAUCUUGAUCUCAGUAAUUACCUUUUUGAACCAGUUGAGAAUGAUCUCCACUGGCUAAGGCUUGCAACUUUUUCUUCCUUAAAGUACCUCAACUUGGAAGGAGUUGACCUUUCCAAGGCUGCAUCAUAUUGGCUUCCCACUGUUAAUAUGCUCCCUUCCCUUGUUGAAUUGCGUUUGCCCUUUUGUAGACUUUCCAUCUUUCCUCUCGCUCUUCCUUCCAUCAAUUUCACAUCCCUUCUGGUUCUUGAUCUCUCUGGCAACGGUUUCAACUCCACGAUACCUCCCUGGAUGUUUAAUCUGACUGAACUAGUCCACCUUCACCUAAAGUCCAACAAUCUCCAUGGAGAACUUGCAGAAACAUUUGGUAGUUUGACGUCUCUCCAAACGCUUGAUUUAUCAGAGAAUUCCGACAUUGGAGGUCAGUUGCCAAGAAACUUGGGAAGGCUAUGCAGUUUGCAGACGCUAAGACUUUCUAUCAACAAAAUUACUGGUGAAAUUACUAAUUUCAUUGAUACGUUGUCUGCAUGCACAAACAGCAGCUUAGAGACAUUGGAUUUGGGAUAUAACAGACUGACAGGAAAACUGCCUGAUUCUUUGGGAUACCUUAAAAGCUUAAGAUACCUCACAUUAUGGGACAACUCAUUUCACGGUUCAAUCCCGAAAUCGAUUGGAAACUUAACAUCUUUGGAGGAAUUUUACCUCGCAAGAAAUCAAAUGAGUGGGAUCAUCCCAGAAAGUCUCGGGCAGCUCUCAUCGCUGGUUGCACUAGAUAUCUCUGAAAACACAUGGGAAGGUUUCAUAACAAGAGCUCAUUUGGCGAAACUUCGAGGCUUAAAAGAUGUAUCAAUUGAAAAAGCUUCGUCAAACAUUUCCUUAGUUUUCGACAUACCUUUUGAUUGGAUACCUCCUUUCAAAUUAAGAUACUUGAACAUUAGAUCAUGCAAACUGGGUCCCAAAUUUCCUACAUGGCUCAGAAAUCAGACUGAGCUGACCAUGGUGGUACUUAAUAAUGCUUUGAUUUCAGACACCAUACCAGAUUGGUUUUGGCAGUUGGAUUUGCAAUUGAGUAAACUAGAUGUCGCUUAUAAUCAGCUAAGCGGCAGGGUGCCCAACUCAUUAAGAUUCAGCAAUUCUUCCACCAUUGAUUUGAGUUCGAACAGGUUUGAGGGCCCCCUCCCACUCUGGUCAUCAAACAUCACCAUGCUGUAUCUUAGAGAUAAUCUGUUUUCAGGACCAAUUCCUCAUAACAUUGGUGAAGUGAUGCCCUCUCUGUCAGAUUUAGACAUUUCUAGGAACUCUUUGAGUGGAAGAAUUCCCCUGUCCCUUAGUAAUAUGAGCCAAUUAACAACCAUGGUUAUCUCAAACAACCAUUUGUCUGGUCAGAUUCCUCAUUUUUGGAACAAAAUGCCAUUAUUGUAUAUUGUAGAUGUGUCAAACAACAGUCUCUCCGGUUCAAUCCCAAGAUCCUUAGGCUCUCUUACUUUACUCAACUUCUUGAUCCUCUCUAGCAACAACUUUUCAGGUGAAGUUCCUUCCUUAAGAAACUGCACUGACAUGAAGAGUCUUGAUCUUGGUGACAACAAGUUUUCUGGACCUAUUCCGGCUUUCAUAGGAGAAAAUAUGCUCUCUUUGUUGAUUUUAAGCUUGAGGCUCAACUCGUUUACUGGAAACAUACCUUCACAGUUAUGUGGCCUUUCCAAUCUCCACAUACUGGACCUCUCACACAACAAUCUCUCUGGAAAAAUUCCACAGUGCAUAGGUAAUUUGAGUGGCUUCAAAUCUGAGUUCACAGACAAAGAUAUAAGCAGUUAUCAGGGAAAACUGGAGGUGGUGUCAAAAGGAAGAGUGCUUGUAUAUGACUCCAUCCUUUACCUUGUUAAUAGUGUUGAUCUCUCAGACAAUAACUUGUCAGGAGAGAUGCCUGUGGGGCUGACAAGACUUUUAAUGUUGGGCACCUUGAAUUUGUCCAUGAAUCAUUUGACAGGAAAUAUCCCAGAAAAGAUCGGAAACUUGGAGCGGAUAGAAACUCUUGAUCUAUCAACAAACGAACUUUCAGGUUCAAUUCCACAGAGCAUGGUUUCUUUAACAUUUUUGAAUCAUCUCAACCUGUCAUACAAUAACUUGUCUGGGAGAAUUCCAACAGGCAACCAGUUUCAGACCCUGGUUGAUCCAUCAAUUUACGAGGGCAAUUCCGCUCUUUGCGGGUAUCCAUUACCCAGUUGCCAAGACGACAAUGGAGAAGCACCUCAAGUUCCAAGUGGAGAUGGAGAGGAUGAUGAUGAAAGUAAAUCUAAAAAGCUAGGGUUCAUCAUCAGCAUAGUGAUAGGUUUCAUUGUAGGGUUCUGGGGAGUUUGUGGGAGUUUGGUCAUCAAGAAGUCCUGGAGAUAUGCCUAUUUCCACUUCCUUGACAAAGUGAAAGAUGCUCUCCUUCGUUUUGUCUCAUCCAUUGGAACUUUUCUGCACAAAAGCUCAUAG